AGUUACACUUCAUUUGUGGAUCAGCAGUACCUGAUUUACCUGAGAUCAAAUGGAUGAGGCAAUAGCAUUGCUGAGUUCAUUCCAGCAAUUUUCUCACAGCAAGAGCAAAAUGAUGGCCUUCAGGAGAGCAGCAAAGAUGGCAUAUGGACAGGAAUGGGAUGUAGAGCUUGACUCUGGGCAAAGGAUGCAGUUUUUGUGUUUAGCAUGUAACAAGACUAUGAACCAUGUAAAGUCUAUGAGUGAUCACAAUAGAUCAGGAAAGCACUUGAAGAACAUACGAGCCUAUAAACCUGUAUUGGCUCGACAAUAUUUAAACCUACGUGACAUGCUGGAGAGUACAAACGCCAAAGCCAUUGGUCUCCAGAUGGUUGAGGAAUUUUAUGUACCAGGGAAGCUGUAUUACAAGUGCAUUUUGUGUGGAAAUCAUGGACAGAUGCAAGCCAUGUAUGAUCAUGUGGUCGGUGGAGAACACACGAAGAAAUACAUUAAUAUGAGACUGGAUUACAAAGCACAUUUUAUGUCAGUAAAACAGCGAGAGGAUAUGUGUGCUCAUAUAAUUAAGAUGGAAGGAACUCGCAUUACUGAAAUAAAGCAGAUAACAGGUGAGAAGUAUUUUCCUUAUCGAUGGAUGCUGGAAUCAUCAAAUUAAUGGUACAAGAAAGUAAUUAUUGGAUGUAUGUUUUAGUUUUAUGCUUUUGUUAUUAUUUCAUGAUGUGCUUCCAUUAGAUGGAACUGAGAUGAAACAAAAUUAGUUUGAAUUUGAAGGUUUUUUAAAAGUUUUUGCUAAAUCAUUAUAAACAAAUUUAGUUGUGAUGAAUGAUGUAGUGU